UUUUCCUAACACAAAAAAAGAGCAGCAAAAACAAAGGUUUUAGGAGGGGUUUUCAACAGUAUAGGUUUAAUCUUUAUACCAGUCCAAGCUGGUUUGAGUCUCAUCACCAUCAUAUUUCUGGGAAAAAAAGCCAACUUAUUUAUCUAUUUCAACUCUUCAAUUUCUACAUUUUCAUUUAAAAUUUUAUCAAUUACAUGUUGAUGUCUAGUAGUAAUCUCUCUACACUUCCUGCAAAUUUCUCGCAGAGUUUUGAUUAUUCCAUUCCAGUUUAUAAAUCAAGUAGCAAUUUUCUGGUAAACCAAUUAUUUGAUUCCAGAAUUAUGUGGGGAAAUGUGGGUAAACAUGCAAUUACAAGAAAUUCAAGGUUAUGUUUGAAUAGAUUUAAUCUUUCGCGUAAUUACAGCUUUUUAGGGGUUACUUCUGAUUUAUUUAGUUGUGAGAACUUGAAAAUUAGGUCAUUUCAAUUAGGGUUUUGUAAAAAAUUCAACUUUUCUGAGGUUGGUAUUUGUAGAAAUGGUGGGUUUUUGCUGAAUGAAGAGUUUGUGGAAAACCCCAUUUCAGUAUUUUUGGGUAUUCAACCUAAUUCAAAUAUUUUGUGUCCAAAAGGGUAUGCUAGUGUUGUUGAAGCUGAGUUAGUGAGCUCAACUGAUUUUGAGGAUGAUCUUUCAUUGUUUGAUGAAAUUCAGGAAUUAGUGGAGGAGAUGAGAAAAGAAGAGAAGAGGGAAAAAUGGAGGGAAUUAAGGCAACAUAAGCCGAAAGUUGUUGUGGGUUUGCCGCCUUUUAGGUACCACACUCUUAGGAAUAGGCAAAUAAAGCUUGAAACUGAGUCAUGGCAACAGGCAGCAAAUGAAUAUAGGGAGCUUUUGGCUGAUAUGUGUGAGCUUAAGCUAGCUCCUAAUUUGCCUUAUGUCAAGUCAUUGUUUCUUGAUUGGUUUGAACCAUUAAGGGAUAGCAUUAUGGAAGAGCAAGAAUUGAUUAGGCAAGGGAGGUGUAGAGCUGGAUAUGCAUUGUAUUUUGAUCAAUUACCUGCAGAUAUGAUGGCAAUUAUAACAAUGCAUAAGUUGAUGGGAAUGUUAAUGACUGGAAGUGGAUAUGGCACUGCAAAGGUUGUUCCAGUUGCGUGUGCCAUAGGCGAAGCCGUUGAACAAGAAGUAAGGAUACACAUGUUUUUAGAGAAAACAAAGAAGAAAAAGGGUGACCAAAAUAGAACUUCUGAGGAAGGUGGCUUUGAUGCUGAGAUUCAAAAGCAACAGCAUUUGAGAAAAAGUGUGGAUAACUUAAUCAAGAAGCAAAAGCGAAAACAAGCCCUGAAAAUAGUUGCUUCUCAUGAUGACUCUAAGCCAUGGGGUGCAGAUGCAAAGGCUAAGGUUGGGAGCCGUCUGAUUGAGAUGCUAAUCAAUACUGCAUACAUACAACCUCCAGCUAAUCAGUCAGCUUGUGAUCCUCCUGACAUCCGGCCUGCGUUUGUGCACUCAUUAAGGAAUUGUGGACGUGAGAACAAAAAAACUGGUCGAAGAUAUGGGAUAAUCGAAUGUGACCCGCUGAUUAUCAAUGGUCUAGAGAAAACUCCAAGGCACAUGGUGAUCCCCUAUAUGCCAAUGCUGGUACCGCCCGAAAAAUGGACUAGUUAUGACAAAGGUGCGUACUUGGUUUUGCGAUCAUUUGUCAUGCGAACUCAUGGAUGCAAACAUCAGCGGGAAGCAGUUAAGAGAGCCCCUGUGGAACAGCUAGAAUCAGUCUUUGAGGCCUUAGAUACACUUGGACACACGAAAUGGAGGGUAAAUAGAAAAGUUCUUAGCAUCAUUGAGAGGAUAUGGGCUUAUGGAGGUCGUCUGGCUGAUUUGGUUGAUCGAGAUGAUGUUCUUUUGCCAGAAAAACCAGAUGAUGAUGAUGAAACUCAACUUAAAAAAUGGAAGUGGAAACUCAGGUCUGUGAAAAAGGAGAAUCGGGAAAGGCAUUCUCAACGAUGUGAUGUAGAACUCAAACUUGCGGUUGCUCGAAAAAUGAAGGACGAGGAAGGAUUUUUCUAUCCACAUAAUGUUGAUUUUCGUGGGCGAGCAUAUCCCAUGCACCCAUACUUGAACCAUCUAGGGUCUGACAUGUGUCGAGGUGCUUUAGAGUUUGCAGAGGGCCGUGCCCUUGGAAAAGCAGGUUUACGUUGGUUAAAAAUACAUGUGGCAAAUCUAUAUGCUGGUGGCGUUGACAAAUUAUCUCUAGAUGGUCGACUAGCUUUUACCGAGAACAAUUUGGAUGAAAUAUUUGAUUCUGUGGAUAAGCCUCUGGAAGGAAGGUGUUGGUGGUUGAAUGCGGAAGAUCCUUUUCAGUGUUUGGCUGUCUGUAUUGAAUUAGCUGAAGCUCUGAGAAGUCCCUGUCCUGAGGUGUAUAUUUCACAUAUUCCAGUUCAUCAGGAUGGUUCAUGCAAUGGAUUACAGCAUUAUGCUGCUCUUGGGAGAGAUAAGUUGGGAGCAGAGGCUGUCAAUCUUGUUGCUGGUGAGAAACCUGCAGAUGUUUACUCGGGCAUAGCUGCCAGGGUUCUUGCCAUCAUGCAAGCAGAUGCAGAAAAAGACCCUACUGUGUUUCCAGAUGCUGUACUUGCAAGGCAGCUUGUCACUCAGAUCGACAGAAAAUUGGUCAAGCAGACGGUGAUGACCUCAGUGUAUGGUGUCACUUAUGUUGGUGCUAGAGAGCAGAUCAAGAGGAGGUUGAAGGAACGUGCUGCAUUCAGCGAUGACGCAGAACUUUAUGGUGCAGCCUGUUAUACUGCUAAAAUUACAUUGACUGCAUUGGGGGAGAUGUUUCAAGCUGCCCGUAGUAUCAUGAGUUGGCUUGGUGAAUGUGCAAAGAUUAUUGCAUCAGAAAAUCAGCCUGUGAGGUGGACAACACCGCUAGGUCUUCCUGUUGUGCAGCCUUACUGCAAAAAAGGCAGACAUCUGAUUAGGACAUCUCUUCAGAUUUUGACCCUGGAAAGAGAGACUGAAAAGAUUAUGAUUAAGCGGCAGAGAACAGCGUUUCCACCAAAUUUUGUUCACUCCCUAGAUGGUUCGCAUAUGAUGAUGACUGCAGUUGCUUGCAAAAAGGCUGGCUUAAACUUUGCAGGUGUUCAUGAUUCAUACUGGACUCAUGCAUGUGAUGUGGAUCAGAUGAACAGAAUACUUCGCGAAAAGUUUGUUGAACUAUACGAACAACCAAUAUUGGAAAAUUUGUUGGAAAGUUUUCAGCAAUCGUUUCCCACACUAUCUUUCCCACCUCUACCGGAGCGAGGCGACUUUGAUCUGAAGGAAGUUUUGGACUCUCCAUAUUUCUUCAACUAAGCGAACAGGAACAAUUGCGUUAAUUUCUCCCCCGCCAUCUACAAUCUCUCGGGCAGGCACACCAUGCUCUUGAUUGUUGUGUAAGACGGAUAGCUUCUGUGUGGCAUGUUUACACAAGAACGCAAUAGCCUUGAUACUGAAAGAUUUGAGUCGGCCAAGCAUGCUUACACGGAUUGAAAUUUCUAUUCAGCUGUUGGGCGCUGGCUGCCUUUUGACUCGAAGCCACUGAAACAUCAUUGUAUGAUAGUCUAUCUUGAAGCUCAAAGGCCAGCACGUUCUUGAAACUGAAGUUCAGGAUACCAUCCUUGUCAAUUUUCAUGAUUCUCGACAUUCUUGGUACUUGGAACAUAGUUACUACUUUCUCUCAUUCAUUUUGCUACACUGCAGUUUACGAUGUCAGUACUUUUCAAUGUAAAUGUAGCAAAAUUAAUGAAACAGAAAAGUAUGAUAGUAUUGAUAGAUAGACAAUGUUUUGUAUGUAAUGUAUAGAAAGAGUUACCCUUACUGUAUAGAUAUAUAUAUACUUCUAUAUACUUUAUACUUUUAUGUAAGAGGACCCCCUAUUUCAUUAGUUGAAUAUGUAAAGUAGGAAAUCA